AUGAAAAGUGGCAAGAGCUUCGGGGCCAUGAACAUGGACGAGUUCCUCGCGAACUUGUGGACCACCGUAGAGGAAAACGACAACGGAGGAGGUGGGACCCACCACGACGGAGAGAAACCGACCUUACUUCCACGUCAAGGGUCGUUGUCAGUCCCGGUACCUUUGUGCAAGAAAACCGUCGACGAGGUUUGGUUCGAGAUACAAAACGGCGUACAACCACCGUCAUCAACUCCCGGUCAAAACUCCGACGAUGAUAUCCGCCGGCAACAAACCCUUGGUGAGAUCACGCUCGAGGAUUUUCUGGUUAAGGCCGGGGUUGUACAAGAACCUUUGAAGGCAACUAUAAGGAUGGCGAGUUCUGAUUUCGGUUAUAACCCGGAGUUUGAAGCCGGUUUACAUUGUCAGAACCAAAACAAUUAUGGUGAUAACCGGUCGGUUUACAAUGAAAACCGGCCGUUUUACUCGGUUUUGGGAGAAUCCUCAAGCUGUAUGACCGGGAAUGGGAGGGGCAAUCAGUUUUUAACAGGUUUAGAUGCUUUUCGGAUCAAGAAGCGGAUAAUUGAUGGUCCGCCCGAAAUUUUGAUGGAGCGGAGACAGCGACGGAUGAUUAAAAACCGUGAAUCUGCGGCUAGGUCUCGAGCCCGAAGACAAGCGUAUACUGUGGAAUUGGAGUUGGAAUUGAACCAACUCACGGAAGAAAACGUGAAGCUGAAGAAGAUCGUGGAGGAAAAUGAGAAGAAAAGAAGGCAAGAGGUGAUGAAUAGAAGCAUGCAAAGUACGAAAGAGAAGAGCGGAGACAAAUUGAGAAGGAUUCGGAGGAUGGGUAGUGCCGGGUGGUAG